AUGAAGAUAUCCAGUGACAAAACUAAAUGCAUGGUGAUAAGUAAGGAACCUGUUCGAUGUAAAUUAGAACUAGAGGGUGUCGUCAUUCAGCAGACAAUGAGCUUCAAAUAUCUCGGAGUUGAAAUCACCAGUCACAGACAUCUCUAUUCGGAAGUCCAACAGCAGGCCACGAAGGCGGCACAGAUAACUGGAUAUCUGAACACAAUGGUGUGGCAGAACAAGUACAUGCUCCAGGAAACAAAGGUGAGGCUUUACAAAGCAAUGGUGCGCCCAAUUAUGACCUACGCCGUAGAAACCCGUGCGGAAACAGAGAGAACCAAACAGAAGCUCAGAACGAUAGAAAUGAGGAUCUUGAGAAGAAUUUCAGGGGUGACAUUGAGGGAUAGACAGACCAACAAGUCAAUAAGACAGAGAACUGGUGUACAGGAUGUUGUCAAGUGGAGUAGACAGAGAAGGAGGGAUUGGAGAGACCACGUUGAUAGGAUGGAGUCGGAUAGAAUAGCAUACAUCUGCAAGAAUGAACAACCCAGAGGAAGAAGAAAGCCGGGUAGACCACCGAAAAGAUGGGCUCAAAGCUGGUUUUCCUCAUCUGCAGAAUAG